AUGGCGGCACUGUCCACGUCACCAAUGAACUUGAACUCUAUUGACAACAGCUUCGAAGUUGACAAACUCACCUACGAAAUCUUCUCCAUCUUGGAGAAUAAGUUCCUCUUCGGUUAUACCGACACUGAAAAUCCAAAGAAUUCGCUUCAGAAUCAAACUCAAUUUCUCUCCAAAGACGUUAAACAAGUUAAACACGCCGCUGGCAAAGUUAGGAUUCUUUGCAUUGACGGCGCCGGCUACACCGACGGCAUCCUCGCUGCAAAGUCCCUCGCCCACCUCGAAUCCUGCCUCAAACGAAAAUCCGGCAAUCCUAACGCUCAUGUUGCAGGCUUCUUCGACGCCGUCGCUGGCUCCGGUGUCGGUGGUGUCCUUGCCGCGCUUUUGUUCACUCGUGGAAAAGACGGUCUCCCCAUGUUCACUGCCGAUGAGGCGUUGAGGUUCCUGAUCAACAACCGCAGCAGAAUCUCACGGCGAUCAGGGAUUCUCCGACGAGUUCUACAAUCGGAAACAAAAUCGGAGAAGCUUUUCCGAAAGACGUUCGGUGAAUCUACUCUGAAGGAUACACUGAAACCGGUUUUAAUCCCUUGCUACGAUCUCGUCACGCGCGCUCCGUUCGUUUUCUCCCGCGCCGACGCACUCGAAACCGACGGUUACGAUUACAAGAUGCGCGACGUGUGUGCUGCCACGUCAGCUGAUCCAGUGGUUCCCAUCGAAAUGAAGUCCAUCGAUGGAAAAACAAAGAUUAUCGCCGUUGACGGAGGAAUAGCGAUGAACAAUCCAACGGCUACAGCCGUCACGCACGUGCUAAACAACAAACACGAGUUUCCAUUCUGCAAUGGCGUCUCUGACUUGUUGGUGCUUUCUCUCGGUAACGGAGAAUUGGACUUUAACGCCGUUAAAUCUCCGUCAGGCUUCGUGAGGAUAGCUGGUGAAGGAGCUUCCGAUAUGGUUGAUCAAGCUGUAUCAAUGGCAUUUGGAGAGUGUAGGGUGAACAAUUAUGUGCGGAUUCAAUCAAAUGGAGUGAUGGCAAAUGCAACUAAGGGGAAAACUGCGAAAACGUCGUCGGAUUUGUUGGCUGUUUCGGAAGAGAUGUUGGCACAGAAGAAUGUUGAAUCUGUAUUGUUUAAAGGAAGAAAGAUUGUGGAGAACACAAAUUUGGAUAAGUUAGAGUUGUUUGGGGGAGAAUUGAUAAAGGAACAAGAGAGGAGAAAAACUAGCAUUUUACCAACUGUGGUGUUGAAGAAUGCUUCUCCCUCUCCUAGAACUUCAUCAGCUACUACUUUGUCAACAUUGUCUUCAAACUCUUAA